GUGGCUGGGCGGCGCGCGCGGCCUGGGUGUGGGCUCGGCGGCCGCCUCUCCCUCGUCUCGUGCUCGGCGCAUCUAGUCCCUGCGUACCGAGAGCCCGGGACCGCCGCGGGGCGGGGGAUGCCGGGCUGCCGCAUCAGCGCCUGUGGCCCAGGGGCCCAGGAAGGGACGGCAGAACCGGGGUCCCCCCCGCCGCCACCCCGGGAGCCCCUGCCGUCCCUCCGGCCCCCGCCCCCAUCGCCGACCUCGACCCCGACACCCACUCCGUCACCGCCGUUGCCCGAGGCGGCGGAGACACCGGCGGAGGGGCAGGAGCUGCAGCGCUGGCGCCAGGGUGCUAGCGGGGGCCCGGGGGCCGCGGGACCGGCGGCGGGCGCGGGCGCAGGCGCGGCGGCAGGGGCGGGGGGCCGAGCCCUGGAGCUGGCCGAAGCGCGGCGGCGACUGCUGGAGGUGGAGGGCCGCCGGCGCCUGGUGUCGGAGCUGGAGAGCCGGGUGCUGCAGCUGCACCGAGUCUUCUUGGCUGCCGAGCUGCGCCUGGCGCACCGAGCCGAGAGCCUGAGCCGCCUGAGCGGCGGCGUGGCCCAGGCCGAGCUCUACCUGGCGGCGCACGGCUCGCGUCUCAAGAAGGGUGCGCGCCGCGGCCGCCGGGGUCGUCCCCCCGCGCUGCUGGCCUCGGCGCUCGGCCUGGGGAGCUGCGUGCCCUGGGGCGCCGGGCGGCUGCGGCGCGGCCACUGCCCCGAGCCCGACUCGCCCUUCCGCCGCAGCCCGCCCCGCGGCCCCGCCUCCCCCCAGCGCUGACCUCAGAACCCCGGACCCCUGGGCUCCGGAGACGGGCGGAAGGACGGACGGAUGGACAGGUCUGGGUGCUGGCUGGCUGGACGGCGUCCUCUACGCGGAGGAGACGGUCUGGGGGCCGGGGGGGCCCUGAAAAUGGGACUGAGCCUGAUGGAGAUGACCAGAAUGGAAUGUUUAUCACCUGCUCAACUAGCAGUCCUUCCCAACACAUCUCUAAGAUGGCUCUGCCAGGAUGGAGCCAGGUGACAGUCUUUAACAGCCCCAAGGGGGCAGGCAUGGCAUCAGCUUCCAGAAAUGGGUGCCUUAAAGGGACAGCCUAGAAAUGCCACCUGCUUCUUCCUGAUGAGAUGCCCUUCAGGCCCCCAUUCCUCUGUCCCUACCCAUUGGGCUGGCCGCAGCCUUGCUCCCUGCAUCUGGUGGCAGCCCCCUCGUCAGUGGUAACGUGGGUAUAUCAGCCUCUCAGGAGAGCUAUGGGGAAGCUACCGUGGGGCAUAGGAUUCUUUUUUCCCCACAGUAAGUCACGGUAGGGUAUUUCACUCAUUUAAAUCACACCUACAGAUGGGUGCUGCCUCGUCCCGGGAGCUAAUUUAAAGUCCUCAUUUUAUAGAAUGGAAAAGGGAUUUCUCAAGGUCACAUGCCAGAGAGAGUGAGAGAGCCCCUGGUGGACCUAGGCCUGUGUGUGUGUGUGUCCUUUUCAUUGUAUUAGAGACAGUUGGGGAGAGCUGACCUCUGGACCCUGUCUACAGUGGUCCAGAACAGUACUGCCCCCUCUCUGAGCUAUUCCCUGAAUAUUGUUGUCCUUCCUGUCGGGCUUGAGAAGGGAAUGAAGGAGGAAGAUGUUAGUCACAGUCACAGCACUUUAGUCCUGCGAGUCAGGUAUAUUGUGAUAGGCAGGGGUCCUCAGCUGACUCUACCCCCAUCAGGCCUUCCCUCCAAACCUAACAGACUUCCUGUCUGGGACCAGUGUUGUGGGGACUCUGGCAUGCCCUGGCCUCCCCGGAUAGGAGGACUUACUGAGGCCUCUCAGGUCAUCUGGAGUGCUGAGGUCCAGCGAGCACAGGACGAUGACAUAGCCAGUGUUCAGGCUGCAGCGCUGGACUGCCGCCAGGACCACCUGGUUUCUGGUUUGCAGGGAUGGCACCGGAUCUGGAGACGCUUUUAGCUAAUGGCAGAGUGCUUUCUGCCAUCACGGUUAGUCUCUGGGAGUCACUGUAAUCAGCUUUGACCUGAUCUAGAGGUGGGUUGGGUGGAUACAUAGACACUUGCUGGAGAAGGUGGAUGGGUAGGUGGGGGCAUAGGCAGCUACGGCCCCUCCCUCCACUCCCCUUCCUGAUGCCAGGCUGCUCCCCCAAAAAAGUGUGAGCCAAGUCACACAGAGCUCACUGACUUGAAGCUCAGGUUAUAUAGUUAGUCUGCUGUGUACUUUUCAACCAAAUAAAAGUCACCUUCUCAUCCUGCCUGGCUGUCCCAGGGCCCUGUGUAGAGUUCCGGGGUCAGGAUCCAAUCUCUCCUCACCUAGCAGACUGAUUUCCACUUACUUCAGGGGUUCAGGAGGAAACAUGCAGCAGAGGGUCCCCCCUUUGAAGGGCUUGCUCUCCAGACCUCCUCCAGGUACCUUCCCUGGAUGUCACCAUCCCAGGGGACCUAAUUGGGGCCCAGAUUACUUUCUAAUUUUAUUUUUUGAGACAGGUUUGCCUUACCCUCCAUAAAUAGCUGAGGAUGACUUUGAACUUUUUUUUAAACAUUCAUUACUUAUUUGUGGGUGGGUGAGGGGCAUGCAUGUGCCAGAGUGCUGGGUUGAGGUCAGGGGAAAACUUGCAGGAAUCCAUUCUGUCUCCCACCAAGUGGGUCCCAGAGGUUGAGCUCAGGUGGUCAGACCUGGCAGAGGCAUCUUUACCUGCUCAACUACCUGUCUGGUCCCAACUGUGAACUUCCGAUCUCUUGCUUCCACCCCACAAAUGAUGGGGUUUCAGGUGCAUGCCCCACCAUGCUGUAUUUAUGUAGUGUUGGUGUUGGACCCAGAGCCUGGUCCAUGAAGGGCAGGCACUCUACCAACUGAGCUACAUCCCCAGACCCUGGGAAUUAUGUUUUAGAGUCUGGCUAAUAUUACUCUACCCUGAGCAGAAAGCACUCUUCCACAUGACUUCCCGACUUCUUGAACACUUUUAUUUUUGUGUGUGCGAGACAAGGUCUCACUGUGUAGCUUUGGCUGAAUGAAUACUUUCUUGAUGGCCGCAAGCCUGCAGACUGGGCGUGUUCAGGAACCCUGGGGAUCUGUGCAAUGAAGACACUAUAUCAACCAGUGAAUCUGGGUGCUCAGUAAACAGAGAGAGGAGAGGAACAUAGCCCCUUUGCUUCUUGGCUGGUCCAGCAGCUAGCUUAGCCAUGCCACCAGAGGGCAGUGUGGAGCUGCUCCCUGAGAGUUGGGGGCGUGGCCUGGAGCGUGGUCUGUUUUGGGUAGCCCAGUUCUGUUACCCCUUCCCUGUGGUCCUGAGGCUUCCUGGCUGUAAGGGUCUGCAGAAUAAGCAGUGAUGGCUGUCCUGGGUCCAGUGAUUCCAGUGAUAGCUUCCAGCGUGAGGAGACGGGUUCUCUGAUCUGCAUCACCCCUGGGAGCACAACUCUAGAAGAGGCUCAGAGGGGGCCCCGACUUCAAAGAGAGAAUCCAGUAAGAAAGACUUCUUGGAAAGAGGCUUCCACUGUUGACUGUCCCCACCCAGUCAGUUCUGUGUUUACGGAUUUGUUGCACUGAUGACAGAACUGGGUCCUGCCACCACCCAACGACCAAGGGGACUGAAGUGACAGGUCUAGACUCAGGUGUCCCAGACCUGAAGUGGGCAGUGUCUUAUGCCGAUGACAGCUUGAUUCCAUGGGAAACACUCAGGUGCCCUGGCGGCUCAGCUGGAGAGACUCUAGGCGGGGGAGGAAGUGUUUGGGAAAUGUGGGAAAUCCCCAGCCUAUUUCUUCCCCCAUUAUUCCUUGACUACACCCUGGUCAGAAGUGAUGAGAGAAGAGAACCCUUAGUUCUGGGAUAAAUGAACCACUUCCUUCAUGCUGGCGCCAUGCUAAGCAUUCUAUACCCAUUGUUCACAUUCUCUCAAACACUCGGCAAAGCAAGGCUCUUAUCCCUAUGGCCACCGAUGAGUCUGAGGGCCAAGGUGGGCAAAUGGCUUCCUCAAAGGUGUAGAACCUGUAAGUUCAGUGGGCUAAUGACAGCACCUUUUGGGGGGGACUUCUCUGAGUUCUCGUUUUUAGUGGGUUCAGUCCUAGGAGAGGUAUGAGUUGCUGGAGAGGUGGCAAAGUGUGUCUUGUACCCUGCCCCCCCCCCACUGGACACAGGUUGUCUGGGUUCUGGGGGGUGAGUCAAGCUGACUCAACAUACCUGGCUUAGGGCAAGGGUGGGCCAAGGAUGUUCAAGGCUGUGUGCACAGCUGAUGAUUGCCUCCAGCUGUCUCCCUUCCUGAAGACCUGGGCAGGAUGUGUAGUACCAAGGGAGCAAAGAGCCUGGGUGGCAGGAGAGAAGGGUGACAUGUUCUGUGACAGGCAGAAGGGCCCAAAGUAGAACAAAACAGACCUGAAAUUUGAUCUUGGGUGAAUUGAAUUGCCUCAGCUUGGAGCAAUGACUU